AUGAGAGACUCUACUACCCACGAAGAUGCUUCGGCGGUUGGAAAACCUUCGCUCGAUGCCGUGGAGGACAUCACCGAACUUGAACCCGUCACGCUUGAUAGCGAGACUAACAAGCGCAUUGUCCGCAAGAUCGACUGGAAGCUGAUGCCCAUUCUCUGCAUCACUUAUGCCCUCCAAUACUAUGAUAAAGCCGUCAUCUCACAGGCUGCCAUCUUCGGCUUGCGUUCCGAUCUCGGGUUGGAGUCUGGCCUACGCUAUUCCUGGGUUAUGCUCAUCUUCUUUUUCGGCCACAUGGUGGGCAUGUAUCCCUGCUCGUUGCUCGCCCAGCGUUUCCGUCCUCGGCGAGUCUGUAGCACGCUCAACAUCAUUUGGGCCAUGAUCGUGCUCACAACCCCCGCGUGCAAAUCAUACUCUGGAAUCCUCGCCAACCGCUUCUUCCUCGGCCUAGUCGAGAGCGGCAUCAGUCCCAUCUUGAUGUUGGUUGUUGGACUCUGGUAUACACACGAGGAGCAGCAGUUGCGUAGCUCGUGGUGGUAUUCCUUCAGCGGCGGGAGUCUGCUGGUCAGCCCCUUGGUCAACUUUGGCCUCGCUCACAUCACGGGAGGCGGUUUGGCACCUUGGCAGUACAUGUUUCUGGUCGCUGGUGCUGUGACCCUCGCGUGGGGAGUGUCGCUCAUCUGGAUCUUCCCAGAGACGCCCCAAGAGGCCAAGGGGUGGACCCCGGAGGAGAAGAGACUGCUCCUGGAGCGGAGUCGACGUGAUAACUCGGGCACAGAAAACACCCGCUUCAAGGGCUAUCAAGUGCGAGAAGCCCUCUUGGACUAUCAGCUCUGGUGUCUCGCCGCCAUCGGGUUGCUUUCCAACACAGGAGCCGCUGCCCUGACCACGUUUGCGUCCAUCAUGUUUUCCGGCAUGGGCUUCUCCCCACGUGUUUCUCUUUUGCUUAACAUUCCUCUCGGUGCCAUGGCCUUCCUCUCUGUUCUUGGUGCAGGCUAUCUUGGGACGACGCGGUUAGGAAGACUACGCACCUCGGCUCUCGCCUGUCUGCCUGUGAUUCUGGGAUGUAGUUUGGUGUGGAAGCUCCCGUCAUCCAAGCCGGCGGGACGUAUCUUCGGCCUUUACCUCAUCUCCUUCUUCUCCGGUUGCUGGCUACAGGCCAUCUCACUGGGCACAUCAAACGUGGCAGGAUACUCCAAGAAGGGAGCCUACGCGGCAGGCAUCUGGAUUGGGUACUGCUUUGGCAACAUUAUCGGGCCAUUGCUUUUCGACGCGAAAUACGCGCCACGAUAUGAUGAGAGCUUCACUGGCGUGCUCAUCUGCUUCGCCACCCUUUGUGUUAUAUCACUUGGACUGAGGUUCCUCCUUGCGAGGCGGAACGCGGGUCGCGAUGCCAAGUACGGUGCGCCCGAGUUCCAACAUGGUCUGGACGACAUCACGGACAAGGAGAACAAGUCAUUCCGAUGGACACUGUGA